GUUGUGUUUUAUUCCUAAUAAUAAUCGAAAUGGGCCACUAAACAGUCUGGGCUUUUUCAGUUUCUGUUCUGCUUCAGCUUUAAGCCGGACUUUGCAUUUAUUUCAUCUGAUUGCUUAUCGUCCUGUUUUCGUUUCCCUCCUCUCAUUACCAGGUAAGCUGUAAAACUCAGCUGUUCCUCCACCUCACCUGUUGGCAGGUAUCCAGGAAACGUCAUGAAAAACAUUUGAACAGGCGUGUUGCUUUAGAGAAUAGAAACCAAAAUAUUAGAGGGAAAACGAAUCUUAAAUGAAGUGGGCAGGUCCAGUCAGUAUAUAAGCACAGCUGUUCAAACUCAGAGGAGCAAAACACCGGAGGAUCAAGAGCUACUGGACAUUUGAAACCUGAAGGAGAUUUUUAUUUUUUCUUUAGAAGCUAAUCGUAAGAUCAGUUCAGUCAUGGACAUAGUCAUUAAAACGCUGAACGGGACGACCCGCACGCUGAAAGUAAACCCGCAGGACACGGUGGGCUCUCUGAAGAUGCGCAUCCAGCAGGAGCUGGGGGUUCCCGCUGCGAGGCAGAGGCUGGUCUUCACGAACGGGUCGAGCACGCCUCUGAACGACGACUCCAAGCCGAUCAGCUCCUACAACAUUGGGCCGAGCUCCCAGGUGUCUCUGCUGAUCACCCAGCCGUCCACCUUCCAGGUGUUCCUGAAAAACGAGAAGGGGACGAACAGCACCUACGAUGUCACACCCGACGAGACGGUGGAGGGCUUCAGGAAGAGAGUGGAGAAGAGAGAGGGGGUUCCUGCGAACCAGCAAAGGCUGAUCCACGAGGGCCGGGAGAUGCAGUCUGGAAAACUGUCUGACUACAACGUGAGGGAGCACAGCACCAUCUACUUGACUCUGCAUCUGAGAGGAGGCUGAGGACGCUGUCAACAUGAAGAACACAUUCCAGUUUUUAUUUAUUUGUUUAGGCACUUUUAUGAUACAACAAUCAAAAUCCAUUUUCUGUACAGAUACAGUAAACAAUUAUGUUACAGAAGUAAGUGAAAUUGUAAUAUGUUAUCAAGGAGCAUGAAUAAGGGUCAGUCGAAACAGGUUUUAUUUCUAUGUUUGUACCAAUCAGUAAGUAUAGCUUUUUAGACGUUAUUAUCAUUAUUAAUUAGUACUGAAAUUCUGGAAAUUUGUGAAAUUCCAAACUGUAAAAUUUAUGUUCAAAGCAAGAAACCAUCAACGUCCACACAAUAUUCAAAAAAUGUUUUGUGACAAAAUAGGGGGGUUAGAAUUUAAGAGGAGAAGGAAACUUUGAAAAAACAAUGUAUCAGAACAACCAAAAACAGUUUUUGUAUAUCAUUGUGUUUGGUAGAUCUAUGGAAUGGUGUGGGGAGACUUAAGUGACUGUAUGAGAGGAAGUCAUAAUAUAUUUUAUCUUCUAAUUGUUCCUGUUCAAAAUAAAUUGUGCAUGUAAAUUGACAUAUUUGUCUCAUUCCUAUUUUCUGGUUUUACUUUUUAUUGUCUGUUUGAAAUAAAUAAAGCAAACCUCAAACCUC